UGAAGUGUCCUGCUUAAAGAGUGACUUGUGUUCACAGCUACUGACUCCCACCUUACUUUCUCUUUAGUCAUUAAUACAGCCUGUGCGGAUUAAGCCUGCAUGUGCACUUGCACUGUGUGUAGUAAACCUGCCCACACUGAUGACACCAGAGGAUUACAAGUGUGGGUUUAUUUUAGAUCUUUGAGCCUCCAGAGUAAUGAGCAUUUGAGUUGCAGCAAAACCCUUCAUUCCCCUCCUCUGAGGUCACACUGAAGCCUUCCAGGCCACGCCCUCCUGCUGCACAGGUAUAAGACGCUGUCGGGAUGUCUGCCACUUCAGGGUAGAUGAGCACUGGUGGAUCCCAGCAGCAACACACGGCUCACCCCUGCAUGGCCGAGGAUGCAUCGAAGUAUCUCUCCUCCCUCAGUAAACCUGUUUCCACCUUAGUGCCCUAUUUUUCUUUCAUCCAGCAUUUCAAACGCAAAACGGAACUCCUCUCCUAUUUGAUCCUGUGUGUUUCCAAAAUGCCAUUCAUCCCACCUGUGUCGAUUGCACGCUCUGUGUCAGGGCUGGCCGUGAAGGAGAGACCUAUCAACAGCACUUCAUCUACAACUACUCUGGCCAAGACGAAGGUCCAAAAAGAUGACAAAGGCAGCUCAGUGAAGGAGCGAUUGGCUUCGAACCUCAAGCAGCUGGGGAAAAAGAGCCAACCCAGGAGUCAUCUGCCAACCGCCAAAGGAGUUUCAGGAGCAGAGCUGCAUUCAAAGAGAAGGGACAGAUUGUUGCCUUCAUCACAAACGGACAGCUUCCCUGCCUCCAGCUCAGGCGAGUCCCUGUCCAAGACACAGCAGCACAGCCCUGUGAAGAGUGAACCAGAGGGGAAGACGAAGGCCAUGCAUCAGGAGGAGGCCCAUUUCACACUGACUCUCACACCAGAGGCUGUUCUGUUGCUGCAGCGGAGGAGCAGUGAGAGACGUCAACAUUCAGCAUCCAGAAAUGUUGGAAGCGGAGGUGGUGUUUCUGGAAACGCUUCAGAUUCCAGACGCAGGAGGGAAAAUGUCUCUAAAAGGCAUCAACCAGCAACACAGAGACACAGCACUCUAAACAGCAGAGCCAAUGCUAAAAACAACUGUGAUACUGAACUCAGAGACAUAAGCUCAAUAGUGAAAAUCUCUCUUCUGAACGAGCAACAUAAGUAUGAUGAUGUGGAGUAUGAGGAAGAGGAGGACUAUGGUGUGGAUGAGCGUGUGGUGCUGAAAUGUACAGAGUGGCUCCGUGGGUUGGAGAACACACCAGUGACAGUGGGAAACAGCCGGAAUAAGAGUGCGAAAAGUGGUGUGAAAAGUUUCUGAAGGUUAAAUUAAAAGCAGGUGUCGUCUUCCGACCUGAGAAUGAACUGCAGCCUCUGUUUCUGUGUUUGCUAUUUGAAGAUGUGCUUACUGUGUGUUACUGGUGCUGUGGGUUUCUCUUGUGGAUGCUUCAAGGAUAUGUAAAACAACUGUAGGAUUUUACUGUUCCUGCUAAGAUAUUCAUCCACUGUGACAGUGUUUUUAUGAAACUGUUGUUCAUGAAAUGUUCUGUUCCUGCUGUUUUGUUGGAUCCAUCUUCUCCAAGUCCGUGGGGAAGUAAAACUUAAGACGCCUCAUAAGGACAAAUCAUAUUUUACCAUUCGAUCACAUUUUUAAACCCUUUGUCACAGGGGAGAUUCUUAAGUUUACAAAGACAUAUACUGAAGUUGGGGGAACUAUGUAUAAAACAAUGCACAAGAUAUUUAGAAUGUUUUCAUUUAAUGCAAUGGUACCAUCAUAAAAAUUAUGGGUUUUCAAUAUUGCACCAAACAGCAUAGAUCUUCAACGAAGAGCUGGUAUUAAUAAUAUAUAUGUGAUACUGUCAGACAGUGUAAUAAAGUUAUUUUCCAAUCUUAAAGUUAUAGUGAAAUUAAAGAGUUGUUCACUGUUAUUUAAAAAAAAUUCAAUUAAAUUGAAAAAUGUUUAAUUUUUGAAAGCCUCUGUUAUGUGUAACUGUUUUUCUCAUCCCUGUAAUAAAAUUUUACAGCAUGCACUUGAGACAUACAUAUUUUAUGUUAAUAAGAUUAUUUUAUCAGUA